AUGAGCAAGACGGCCACGGACCUUCCGCGCGGCUGGAAGGAGGUGCAGAGCAAGAGUCGCCCCGACAAAGUGUACUACCUGCAUGUCAAGAGCGGUGAGAAGACGUGGAAGCUCUCGCAAGUGCACGCGAAGGAGCGCGAGCUCCGACGCCGGACGUCGACCGCCCGCUCCGAGAGAAAGAAAACGCGGCCAGCCGACGGCUCCUCUGGCUCGGAGACUGUUCAGGCGCUGCAUAUCCUCGUAAAACACUCGGGAUCCAGGAGACCAUCGAGUUGGCGACAGGAGACUAUUACCCGCUGCAAGGCGGUCGCAGAGGCCAAGGCCGGUGGUAUUCGUGACAAGCUGCUGGCACACGUAGAGGCGAACGCUGAUAGAUCGUCCGAGGCACUGCGCGAGCUGUUUGAGCAAAUCGCAAAAGAGGAGAGUGACUGCAGCAGUGCAAAGCGCGGGGGCGACUUGGGACCGUUCACGCGCGGGAAGAUGACCCCGUCGUUCGAAAAGGCUGCGUUUGCGCUGCAAAUUGGCGACCUUAGUGACUUAGUGGAGAGCGACAGUGGUAUCCAUGUGAUUCUUCGCGUCGCAUAA